GGAACGCGGCCGCAUCAUGAUCUCCCUCAAGUACAACUCCCAGAAGUCGUGCCUGGUGGUGGGCAUCGUGCGCUGCGCCCACCUCGCCGCCAUGGACGCCAACGGCUUCUCGGACCCCUACGUCAAAACGUACCUAAAGCCAGAUGAGAACAAAAAGUCAAAGCACAAGACCGCUGUGAAGAAGAAGACCCUUAACCCAGAGUUUAAUGAGGAGUUCUCCUACGACAUCAAGUACGCCGACCUGACCAAGAAGACCCUGGAGGUGACCGUGUGGGACUACGACAUCGGCAAGUCCAACGACUUCAUAGGCGGGGUCUCCCUGGGCAUCAACGCCAAUGGCGAGCGGCUCAAACAUUGGUUCGACUGCCUGAAAAACAAGGACAAGAAAAUCGAGCGCUGGCACACGUUGACCAAUGAACUGCCCGGGUCGACGUUCAACGACUAACCCCCCCCCCCGCUCCUAUCCCUCCUCGCCCGUCUGGAGGACUCCUGGUCCCAGCGAGGGUAGCAUAUGAAGAUGUCCCCGCCUUGCCUUGGAAAUGUCCCUGCUGUCUCUCCUCGUGAGUGUUGUCCUAAGACCCGCCUCCACCAGCCUCGACG